UCAACCAAUAGCGAGCUUUCUUUGUGGAGUAUGAACAUGGCGGCGCUCCACAGUGAGUUUGGGGACCUGGUGCAAAUUAAAAAGCAGCUCCUGUCUGUAACAUGGCUUUGUAAGGAAAGAGGACUUUUACAGAGCGCCAAGUGGGCUUCUGAGUUGGCCUUUGCUUUAGAUCCUCUUCCUAAGCAUGCAUUACCACUACCAAAUCCCUUUUCAGAGCAAGACAUACAAGACCUCGAUGCGCUCACGCUGGCCAAAUCCUACUUUGACUUGAAAGAGUACGACCGCGCUGCCUACUUUUUGAAGGGGUGCACCAGUCAGAAGGCUUACUUCCUCUACAUGUAUUCACGUUACCUGUCUGGUGAGAAAAAGAAGGAUGAUGAGACGGUCGACAGCCUGGGUCCUCUGGAGAAGGGUCAGGUGCGAAACGAAGCUUUGCGGGAACUGAGGGUGGAGCUGAGUAAGAAGCACAGCGCAGGAGAGCUGGAUGGUUUUGCCUUAUACCUGUAUGGAGUGGUGCUUCGAAAACUGGAUCUGCUAAAGGAGGCGGUGGAAGUUUUCGUGGAGGCCAUUCACGCCCUUCCUCUUCACUGGGGGGCGUGGCAGGAGCUCAGCAACCUCGUCACCAACAUUGAAAUGCUCAAGUCUCUGUCGUUGGCUGACUGCUGGAUGAAGGACUUCUUUUUGGCCCACAUGUACACAGAACUGCAGAUGAUCAAGGAGGCGUUGCAGAAGUACCAGAACCUAAUGGACGCCGGCUUCACCAAGAGCACUUACAUCAUUUCGCAGAUGGCCGUCGCCUACCAUAACAUUCGAGAUAUUGACCAGGCGGUGGCUCUGUUCAACAAGCUAAGAGAACACGACCCAUAUCGCAUCGACAACAUGGAUACUUUCUCCAAUCUGCUCUACGUCAAGAUCAUGAAGCCCGAAUUGAGUUACUUGGCCCACACGUUGGUGGAGAUCGACAAGUACCGAGUGGAGACGUGCUGCGUCAUCGGCAAUUACUACAGCUUGCGCUCGCAGCACGAAAAGGCGGCCCUGUAUUUUCAGCGGGCCCUCAAACUAAAUCCUCGCUGUCUGAGUGCCUGGACCCUCAUGGGCCACGAGUACAUGGAGAUGAAGAACACGUCAGCCGCCAUACAAGCUUAUAGACACGCCAUUGAAGUCAACAAACGGGACUAUCGAGCCUGGUACGGCUUAGGCCAAACUUAUGAGAUUCUCAAGAUGCCCUUCUACUGCCUCUACUAUUAUCGAAAGGCUCACCAGCUCAGGCCCAACGAUUCGCGCAUGUUGAUUGCGCUGGGCGAAAGCUAUGAAAAACUCUCCCAGACCGCUGAAGCCAAGAAGUGUUACUGGAGGGCGUACUCUGUUGGAGACGUAGAGAAGAUGGCGUUACUCAAAUUGGCAAAGCUCCAUGAACAGCUGAAUGAAAACGAUGAGGCCGCCCAGAGUUACAUGCUUUACACCCAAGACGUCUUCUCCUGUAGGGAACAGUUGGAACACACUGAAGUCAGCACGGCCCUCAAAUACCUCGGUCAGCACUAUUUCAAGAACAAACUCUACGACGAAGCGUCUCUCUGCGCCCAGCGCUGCUGUGACUACAACGAUGCACGAGAAGAGGGGAAAGCUCUGUUGAGGCAAAUCUCUCAGGUGAGAGAUCAGGCGGAGACACCGUCGUCGUGCGAUGUGUUUGCUCCGCUCUCCAACAACAAUAACAACACCACAACACCCGUUAGGCGGGUGUCACCACUCAAUGUCAUCUCCUUCACACCCUGAUGCGCCUGCUUGUUUUGGACUAUCUCAAUGAAAAUGAUGGGAAACCGAGCAGAUCGUGUUCAAAACAUUUACUGAAUGUGGCAUACAGUUUGAUAUGAAAACUUGUUAAGCUG